CAGUUCGAGGAAAAGUGAUAUUUCAUAAUUCAUGCACAUGGUUGGUCCGAAGCAAAAGUGAAAAGCGAGUGCAUGAGUUUUCACGAAUUACAAGGCGGUUUGUGAGCAGGAUAUCCGAAUGUUAGGCCUUGUUGAAAUUCUAACAGCAACAACAACAACAGCAACAACAAAAUAAUUUCAGAUUCUCACUGUUUGCAGGUGUCACCAAAGUUCGUUGACAUUUUGAUAUUGAAAAUUAUUCACAGCCCUCGUCUGGACACAAGCCUAUCCGUCAAAGGACGAAAUGGCAGAAGGUGAUAAAACUAAAUCCUGUCUGAAAGAAGACGAUGAAAUGGUGGACAUUAUGUACAGCGGGAAGACUUUAUGGAACAAAAUCUUGCGUUUGGACGAGGAAUGCACUAAAAAACUAAGCUUCUGCGCAAUGUUAGACUCUAGCUUCGGACGUCUCAGGCCGUUCAUGAAACUCCUAGAGAUAUCUUGUCACGGAAUUCCCUGGUAUCUUUGUACCAUAGCUGGGCUAAUGAUGGCAUACAGACCGGAAAAUAUUGAAGUUUUGAUGAAUUUAUUAAUAGGUUUAUUUCUGGACAUCACAGUAGUUGGGCUUACCAAGGUGAUAGUUCGUCGAGCACGACCCGCUCAUAAUCAGAUGGACAUGUUUGCCACAAUAUCCGUGGACAAUUAUUCCUUCCCAUCAGGCCACGCGAGCAGAGCAGCCAUGUUGUUGUUGUUUUUUGUAAAGAAAGUGUUUUCCCCAGGGUCCAUGUGGUGUUACCUCAUGUGGGUGUGGUCAGUCAGUGUUAGCGUCUCCAGGGUGAUUCUCGGGCGUCAUCAUAUAUUGGAUGUUGUUGCAGGAUUUCUUAUUGGGAUAUGUCAGUAUUACGUUUUAUUACAAUUCUGGCUUCCGGCCUCGCUUUGUAUAAGUAUACUGGAGCCAUAUCUGGGCCAUUUCCAUUUGUAGUAUACUGCAACUAUAAUAAGGCCACAGAAAAACAUUACUUUUCCAAUACAAACCCCCUGAAUUAAAAGAAAAGAAUGACUUUCUUUUGUAAAAAUUGUUUUGUCUUUUUAAGAAAUUUAAAAAACAUCAGUGGAUUGAUAGAAUAAGAAAUGUGUAAUUUUCGAGCAUUACUUAACUACAUGGUGAAGCUCAGGAAUCUCAAUAACUGGUCUAUCAUUAGAGCUGUAAAAGCAGUAGGCCUACCUGGUUUAUAGCUGUCUUAAUAUGAUAUGCCUGUUGUCAGUCUACUCACCACAAAGUGUACUUUACC